AUGUCUCUUCCACCCGCCACAGGGGCGGUGGAGCUCAGUUCAUUCAAGCAGCACGUCAUUCGCCUUCUCGCUCAGGAGAAACGGUUGGACGGGCGUUCCUUCGAUGCUAUUCGAACCCCACAUAUCCUUCACGACAACCGACAGGUGACAAAGACAAAUAGAGUUCUGGCGUCCACGCUGUACACAGACGAUACCGGGACAAGUCUGGCUUGCACUGUCACCGGUGUAUUUGGUCCACCGCCGCCACAAUACCCUGAGGAGGGUCGCCUUACGGUGGAUGUCACGGCACCGUUUUUUCCAAGUUACAGCGAAGUUCAGAUAGAAGGGACGCUACAUGAGUUGGCUCGUUUUGUUCGUUCCACCAUCAUCUCAUGCCUGGAUCUUACCGCGCUUUGCGUGAUUAGCGGUGAAGCUUGCUGGGUGCUACGCGUGGAGCUGGUUGUGAUGAAUGCCGAUGGCGGUCUCCGGGCCGCGGCCCUUCACACGGCUGCUGCUGCCCUGCAUAAUUUGGCACUCCCGAAAGCACGCCUUCCUAGUGGAGACGUGGUGGAAUGCAAGUGUCUUCGGUUUCAUAGGAUGCCUGUGGCUGCCACUAUCGGCGUCUGUGCGACGGCAGGUGAAUUGCGGUUUUUGCUUGACACCAACGCGGCGGAGGAGAGCGUGGCGGACGGGCUUCUCACGGUGGUCGUGGAUGAGACGGAGGGCAUUGUCGCCCUCGUGCACCACGGGAAGUUUCCACUUCUUGUGCCAGCCUUGACCGAUGCGGUUGAGAUGCUGACGUCGCGUAGUGCAACACUCCGUUCGGCCAUUCUCAAGUCCAGCAGCCCCGCCGCCGAAUGA